CGCAUAGAUUCUUUCUACACAUUUGUUGGUUUCUAGAAAAAUCUAUUUUACCUGUAUGAUUCUUCUUCGCUUGUGUAUAAAACUUCUCAUUGAUAGAUUCCUCCUAAAUUUAGUGAUUGCUCUGUUAAUGGUGCACUUUUGAUCAGGUUUUCUGCUUAUAAACAAGAUACCCAUUUGUUUUUUGGGCUCUGUUAACUAUUAUCAUGGAUGUCAAGGAAGAAAAAAGGAGGCUGGAAAUCCUGUGUUCUGAACAGGAGAAGGUUUCAAAGAAAAGGAGCAAAAGCACAGUUGUUUCAGAUGAUAAAGAAGAUGAAGUGGAACAGUUUUUGGCUUUGUUAGACAGAAUUCAAGCAACGAAGAAAAUGUUUAAUCAGAAGUGUAGCUAUACAAAGGAGAUAUGCAGGAAAGAGCACUGUUACAAGAAUAUGUCUCCAUGGAAGCCUUCGUUUCAGUGGGAGGAUUUCCAUAAGGGUGGUAAAAGUAAUGGGUGCCCUGAAGAAAAGGAUUUGGUUUCUCAUACAACUUAUAACAGAGACAGAUCAGUUGAAAAUCAGAGAGAAGGUAUUGGAUCUGGUAAUCAUGUUAGGGUUUGGUCUUCUGGUGAAUAUGCAGUUAUUGAUCUCAAUGUGGAGGCCACUCCAUAAAGCAAGGUUCAGGUAAUGUUGCAGUCAUUUCGUUAGGAUUAAGAAAAUAAAUAGUGCUGAUAUGAACGUGGAUUGAUACCCACGUCACUAGAGUUGUAUUCAGCUUCUAGAACUCCCAUUUUCUUUCCGAAGAACACAAAGUAUAUUGACUUUAUUAUACAUCUUUUAUCAUCUAUUACAUAACCAAAGCAGAAGUUGUAUUCAAUUUCAGGAGAAUCAAGUGCAAGAAGUAUAUUAACUUUAUUACAUA